CUUCAGUUCUGUUCGUGUAUGUAAUAUGAUGAGAAAAUCGAGUUACUUAUGAAGAGUUGUGAUUUUUGCUAUUUGAAGUGUGUGUUGCUCAUUUCUGUAUAGAAAGAUGUCUAAGAAGAGUGAUAUGAUUUUGAUGGCUCGUAUUGCUGAGAAGGCAGAGAGAUUCAAUGAAAUGAAGGAGUAUAUGUAUACUGUAGCUUCCACACCUGAUCCUGAAACGAACAAGGUGGAUCUUAGUAACGAGGAAAGGAAUCUUCUGUCUAUUGCAUAUAAGAAUGUUGUCAAUAACAAACGAGUCUCUUGGAGAAUUUUGAACCAGCAUAUUCAAAAGGAAUCGAAGAAAGACAACUGCCCCUACCUCGAAGAUAUUAACCAGUUUAUGAUGGAAGUUGAGAAAGAACUCAUCGAUGUCUGCAAAGAGAUCUUGACGUUGUUAGAUAAUUAUCUGAUCCCCGGAGCAAAGGAUGGUUCCCAAAAGGUGUUCUACUGGAAGCUGAAGGGAGAUUAUUACCGAUAUGUGUGCGAGUUCGAGAAGAAUGAGAAGCAAGAGGAGAUGAAGGUUAAAGCACGCGAUGCAUACCAAAAGGCUAUGGAUAUUGGCCAGGAGGAGCCUCUGCAGUCGACCAACCCCAUUAUGCUUGGGUUAGCUUUGAAUUUCUCUGUAUUCUACUACGAAAUCGAAGGAGAUGCCCAGAAGGCAUGCGAUUUGGCUCGGGAUGCUUAUAAUGGUGCUGUGUCUGGAUUCGAAUCUUUGUCUGAAAGCGAUUACAAGGAUACGACCUUGAUUAUGCAGCUUCUGAGAGAUAACUUGACUCUGUGGGGUGCUGGAACUGAAGCCUCCCAAUAAACUUUUUGUAUUUAU